GAUAAACAGUAUGAAUGUAAUCAAUGUGGAAAGGCUUUUACAUGCAAGAGCACUCUUGUUCAACAUCAGAGAACCCAUAAUGGGGAGAAACCUUAUAACUGUAAUCAGUGUGGAAAGGCUUUUAGGGAAAGCAGAGGUCUUAUUGUACAUCAGAGAACCCACACUGGAGAGAAACCUUAUGAAUGUAAUCAAUGUGGAAAGGCUUUUAAUUGGUCUAAAUAUCUUACUGUACAUCAGAGAAUCCACACUGGAGAGAAACCUUAUGAAUGUAAACUAUGUGGAAAGAUUUUUACAUGGAAGGACAGUCUUGUUCAACACCAGAGAAUCCACACUGGAGAGAAACCUUAUGAAUGUAAACUAUGUGGAAAGACUUUCAGAUGUAGGAAGAGUAUUCGUUUACAUCAGAGAAUCCACACUUCAGAUAAUCAGUAUGAAUGUAAUCAAUGUGGAAAGACUUUUACAUGCAAGGGCACUCUUGUUCAACAUCAACGAACCCACAAUGAAGAGAAACCUUAUAAUUGUAAUCAGUGUGGAAAGGCUUUUAGGGAAAGCAGAGGACUCACUGAACAUCAGAGAACCCACACUGGAGAGAAACCUUAUGAAUGUAAUCAAUGCGGAAAGGCUUUUAAUUGGUCUGCCAAUCUUACUGUGCAUCAGAGAAUCCACACUGGAGAGAAACCUUAUGAAUGUAAACUAUGUGAUAAGAUUUUUACAUGGAAGGACAGUCUUGUUCAACAUCAGAGAAUCCACACUGGAGAGAAACCUUAUGAAUGCAAUCAAUGUGGAAAGACUUUCAGAUGUAGGAAGACUAUUCGUUUACAUCAGAGAAUCCACACUGGAGAAAAACCUUAUAAAUGCAAUCAAUGUGGAAAGACCUUCAGAUGUAGGACGAGUAUUCGUUUACAUCAGAGAAUCCACACAGGAGAGAAACCUUAUGAAUGCAAU